AUGGAGGAAGCUGGGAAAGGUGCAACAACCACGACUACGCAAUCGCCAGCUCACUUGGUCGAAGCUGGGCAGGUCAAAAUCCCCACAGGAUGGAAGUACAAAAAGUUGAAACUCGGGCCCAUCACGCUUCCUUGGUAUGCUUCACCUGAGUCGCAGUUGAUUCUGGUGUCGUUCGUGUGCUUUCUGUGUCCAGGCAUGUUCAACGCCAUCAAUGGCCUUGGAGGUGGAGGACAGCUUGACCAAGAUGCUGAUGCUAGUACCGCCUCAAAUUCCGCGCUCUACGCUACUUUCGCCGUUGUCGGUUUCUUCGCUGGCACCGUCACCAACGCCCUCGGUAUCAGAUUCGCCCUCUCAUUCGGUGGCCUUGGAUACUGUGUCUACAUCAGCUCAUAUUUAUGCUACAACCACACUCGGAACUUUGGCUACGUUGUCUUUUCCGGCGUCUUGCUUGGAUGCUGUGCAGGCAUUCUCUGGGCUGCGCAAGGCGCGAUUAUGAUGUCGUAUCCGCCGGAGAAACUCAAAGGCCGCUUCAUCUCCUGGUUCUGGAUAAUCUUCAAUAUGGGGGCUGUCAUCGGCAGUCUGGUUGAACUUGGCCUGAACUUCCACAAGGACCAUAACGACACUGUCAGCGAUGGCACCUAUAUCGGCAUCUUGAUCCUCACAUUCCUUGGAGCCUGCCUAUCUUGGACAUUGGUUGAUGCUAAGCAUGUCGUGCGUCGUGAUGGGUCUAGAAUUAUUCUAAUGAAGCACCCGACGUGGAAGACGGAGAUCCUCGGCCUUUGGGAGACACUUUUGAGUGAUCCCUACGUAAUACUCCUCUUUCCAAUGUUCUUCGCCUCCAAUUGGUUCUACACGUAUCAAUUCAACAAUGUCAAUCUCCCGCGGUUCACCGUGCGUGCUCGCGCACUUAACAACACGCUUUACUGGCUUGCUCAGAUGUUUGGAGCUCUCGUCUUCGGCUUUGCACUAGACUUCCCUAAUGUCAGGAGGACUACACGAGCAAAAGCUGCAUGGGUCGUUAUGUUUGUUCUCACUUUCGCGGUCUGGGGGGGAGGGUACGUUUUCCAGAUGAAGUACACUCGCGGAGACACUGAAUCGGGCAAUAUCUUUGUAUAUGACUGGAGAUCGAGUGGCUAUGUUGGACCGAUGUUCUUGUACAUCUCUUACGGCUUCUAUGACGCAGCAUGGCAGACGUGCGUGUACUGGUUUAUGGGCGCCAUCAGUAAUAACAGUCGCAAGCUCGCCAACUUCGCAGGCUUUUACAAGGGCAUUCAGUCAGCAGGCGCAGCUAUCAUCUGGCGUUUGGAUGGGUUGAAUACCCCAUAUAUGAACCUGUUCGCUUCAUGCUGGGGUCUCCUUGCCGGCAGCUUGGUCAUUGCGCUUCCGGUCGUGAUUCUGAAGAUUAAGGACACUGUGCCGGUCGAGGAAGAUCUAGCAUUCACUGACGAGACUAUCGAGGACGUCAUCGGCCACAAAGUUAUGAACGAGCCCCAUGAGCGGGAGAAGGUUUAUGCUAUGGUACGUCGGGAAUAG